UUCCAGUGCGCGGCACAUAUUUAAAUUCGAAAUUAAAACAGUGAUAUUUUUCUCUCCUCCAUACCUACAUACAUUCUCGAACAUUAAAGCCAAAUGACAUACUUAUCAUUUCGUUUUAGGCGUUCAACCUGGUUUUACUUCAUUGUGAUUUUCACCAUCAUCCAUGUUAGCAACAGUGCCUACAGUCACACCUACCACGUGAAUCAUCCCUGGCCCUCUGUGGGGUCAAACAAAUACAAGGAGUUAAUAACUGUAUACGAGGCGAAGAAUUUGGAAUUUGCUUUCCCAAGCGAAAAUGAAAGAGAGGCAUCGCUGCGCAACGGACACUACAAUCCAGAUAGUCCACUGCCCAUAGAUGUGGACGUCUAUUAUCCGCCGGAUGGAGGAGAGCCCACAACUUUCGUGACUAUACCCCGUUUCGGAAGUGGUGUGCCCUACUCAUUAGCCAGCCUGACGAACGUUGUGCGACCGAAUGGCACUGAAGUUCAGCCGUAUCCAAGUUAUGACUGGCAUAAGUCACAUGGCAGCAAUUGUGACGGUCUCACCUCAGUUUAUCGCAUUCAGAUUGAUUCCUGUGGCAAAAUGUGGAUACUGGACAGCGGCGAAAUCGGGUUCGAGCAACAUUGUUCUCCGCAAUUACUCGUGCUUGAUAUAGCUACGAGUUCGGUUGUUCACCGCUAUCGUCUACCUGAAGGUAUGUUCAAGCCAACAAUAAGUCGUUUUAUCACACCCUAUGUGGAUAUUGAGGAUGCCGCACCGAAUGGCUCUUGCGAGCAAGCUUUCGUUUACAUGGCAGAUCCCACUGGUACCGGUUUUGUGGUUUACGAUGUGGUGAAUGGUCGAUCGUGGCGUGUUGAAAAUAAAUACACUUUUCCUGAUCCCGACUUUGGCACUCACACAGUUGCCGGUGAGAGUUUUGAGCUCUUAGAUGGUGCAUUCGGGUUCGCCGUAACGCCUAGAGGAUUGGGUGUACCUCGCAUGUUAUACUUUCACUCUCUCUCCAAUGAUGCACAAGUUGCGAUUCCAUUGGAUAUAGUGAAUAAUCAGUCUUACUGGAAUAAUGGCAUCAAUUCUGCCUUGGAACAUUUUGUGCUAUUGGGAAAACGUGGCGUACAGUGUGCUGCGCCAGCUAUGACAUCAAAUGGUGUAUUACUAUGUGGACAUCUCGAACCGAUCGGGAUCUUCGGUUGGAAUAUACUCACGCCGUAUACGUUUAAUAAUCGCAAAAUGCUAGCUGAAAAUCCCAAAACGCUUCAGUUCGCUAGUGGCUUGAAGGUGAUAACGAAUCCAGAGGGCAAGGAGGAAGUUUGGAUAGUGACAAAUCGAUUACAGAAGUCCUUCACUGGUACUAUUGAUUUCAAUGAAAUUAAUUAUCGCAUUCUCAAAUGUGGUGUUGACGAGUUGUUGCAGAGAGGGCCUUGCUAGGCAGCAAUCAUAUUUUGAUUUCUUAAAUUUUAGUACCUACGCAAUAUUCUCAAUAAUAAAUA